ACAUCGGGCGAGUUUCGGUCAGGUGCUGUGGUGUCAGAUUUCCAAAUAUUUGGUGUGGUCCCCACAUUUUUAGAAGACGAUCAACUAACAGCACAACCUCGGAUAGCUCCAAAAAUAAAAUCUGGCGGCUGAGAAGAGGUUUCCUUUGGGACGUGGAUUGGGUCCGCUUCUGCCGUUCGUGGACAGAUACCGUAUGCUGUAACCAGACCGCACUUUCUGAAGAAACUUCGCCUAUUCCUUCGCCCCAUAGAUGCUGCCUCACCCGCUGAGUUACUCCAGCCUUUUUUGUCUACCUUGCACUAAAUCUUAGGCAAUGGCCCAGUCAACAAACUACAAAGAAACAUGGCUGACAAAAAGUUAAGUGAACAAGAUAAUCCUAAGAAGGAACACCACCGUGAUCAUCGACGCCCAAACAAUCAUUCCCAGCCUCGCAAAAAUCACGGGGACGGCAGCAGAAACAGCGGAGGAAGAGAUUACUCCAGACAACAUAGGGAUCCAGAAAGAGAUGCAAGGAGAGAAUUAUCAGACGAGAAAAGAUCUCGAAUCAGAGAUGUCCACAAUCGUGGACCUCCCACAAGGGAGGAGCAGCACCAAAUGGAGGAGAGGGAAAAUCAUAAAAGGGAGCAUCGAGACCAUCACUACAAACAUGAAAUAAAACAUCAUUCACGAACACAUGAAAAUGUUUCACGUAGUAACCAGCUGCCAAAUUACAAAAAUGAAAAAGAAAUUAAUUCUCCAGAUGAUGGUCAAGUUACCUACAGACAUAAAAAUUAUGCUGAAGAGGUAUCGCCUGAAUAUGUAGGAACCGAAGAUAAAAGAUCCGAGAUGCAUUACUUCACUGAAGAUUCAGAAGAAAUUUUAAACUGUUACAGGUUUCGGUACUUCUGCACAAAUCGAGGUCUCUGUCAGUUGGUGGAGGUGUUGCUGAAUCUCUUGAUUCUGGUGUGUGGGGGUAUCUCCUACAGUGGUACCGGUGGCUACACAGAUCUCUCCAGCCUAGGAAGUCUAUACUACUACACAUUUGGAUCAGCUUAUAGUGGAUUUCAAGGAGCAGAAGCUGAAAAAGUAAAAGAAUUAGAUAUUGCGUUCUAUCAGUUAAAGCUGCCUGUAGUCUCCGCCACGAUGGCAUACAGUGGGGCCUUGAUGUCUCUGGCAUGCCUUCUGCUGUUAUUAGGCCUCGCUCGGGUACCCUGGAGAUGUCCAUUCUUGAUGGUUGGUGAAUGUGCCCUGGAUAUAGCAAUAGCACUUGGCUACAUACCUGCUGUCUUUUUUUAUUUUCAACACCUGAUUGAGGGCUACAAUUCAGAAGUGUGUAAAGAGAGGGAGAGCAUGUACAAAAGUAAAGGCUACAAGGGGUUUAACUGUAGUCUGCAUGGUGCUGACAUUGCUGGUGGUCUGUUUGGCUGCCUAGCUGUCAUUGUAUAUUUGCUAAAUGCAGUAGCAGCAAUAUUGGCAUUUAAAAAGGUUAGAAGAUUAAAGAGAUCCAAAGAAGAAGAUAAUGCGAACGGGAUUGAUGUUUAAGGGUUCAAUCCUAACCCUACUGCACAUAGGUUUUUUCAUAACAAUGAAGGAAAUCACAGAAGCUAAACAGAAGCGAUAAAAUUGGUUACAUUUUGUCUUACGUGGAUAAAUAGUCACAUUUUCCUUCCAAAAGGAAAUAUAAUGUGACUGUCUUCUUUCUUUAUAUCAGGAGAUGGCAUUGGUAGAUAUUAACAUAAAGGGAAAUAGUAAUACCAUCAUCUGAACUUUCUACAGCUAUUUGUUCAAUAAUUGAGCACACUUUAAAUAUUGUGUUAAAAACUAAUGGUUAAAGACAGAAAUACACAAACCCAACAUCCUUUUAUUUGUUUCCUAAUAAUUGCAGUUAGAUGAUCUAUAGAUAUGUCAUUAUGUUUUUACCACAGAUUAUCUGCACCAUAUCUUUGAUUAACCAGUGGAAAAGCAAGAUGGAUCUUUUAUUUCUUAAGUAGGGGAGGGUAGAUGGAUGCCUGGAGGGGUUUUGUACAUUUUCUAUUCAUUGCUAGAACUUGUGCUUAAAUGUAUUAUUGAACAGUAGGUAAUUGUAAAAUCAAUGGUCAUUUAAUUGAUAGUGGAUAUAUUACAAGUGCCAGCCUAUAAUUAAUUAUCAUUUAGCAUUAGACCAUUACAUCAAAACAUAUUUGGUGAGAGAAAUGGAAAUAUUUUCUCACUGGUUCUGAAAUUGAAGAUUGUUUAAAGAUAAAUCAUUUCAUCUCGAAGUACAUAAUGCUAGUCCAACAAAACCGAAAUGUGCAUUCCAUUUGGUCUCUUCACUUAAGAGUUUAAAAUAUCUCAACCACAAGGUAAUUAUACAUUGGUGUUAAUCAUGAAUACAUGAUCACAAAAGAUACAUGAUUAAAGAUUUGUUCGGCUUUAUUCCACAUAAUUUAGUCAUUGAAUUUCUAACUGUGGGUUAAUUACAAUUUAAAUAAAUUUAGCUAAACCCAUAUCCUUAACCCAUAACCCAUGAUUGCAUUUUACAUUAUAGAUAGCAUUUGGAGUAUUGUGAGCAGUUUAGGCCCCAUAUCUGAGGAAGGAUGUGCUGGCAUUGAAGAGGGUCCAGAGGAGGUUUACUAGA